AUGGCUAAGCGGUUAGAAGAACGAGAUAUUGAGAAUAUUUUAUCAGCUCUCGAAAAUGGAGAUAUUUCUGAAGAUGAGGAGUGUAUAGGCGACGAAAAUGAACUAGAUUACUACCCUAAUGUACAAGAUCUGAUACAGGACUUAGAAGAUGCAGAGGAAUUAGAUCAAAACGAUGCAGAUCCUGAUUUAGCAAUUGAAGAAGACCAUCCAUCAGAUGACUUUGUAGUUCCAGGACCAUCAUCUAGUCGGGCACUAUCAGGUAACACUGGUAGAGCGGCCUGGAGGCAAAAAAGAAGGGAGCUUGUAUGGAAAAAAUGCAAUUUGGAAUUUAGUGAAGACCGCAUACGUUUUAUAGGCAAUACAGGCCUUUCCCCAAAAUUAGCCAAACUUGAGACCCCAUUUCAAUUUUUUACGCAAUUUCUAAAUGAAGAAAUAUUAAUAAAAAUUGUGGAUGAGACUAAUUUGUAUAUCACGCAAAAAGGCAUCUCCAACUGCCCUCCUGUAACUGCCACGGAAAUUCAUACCACAGCCAGUGGAAGCUUGGGAGCAACCAACAUCGACAAUAACUGUGCUCAGUCCGAGAUUAUGUUCCUUCGUCGUCGACGGCGUCGCACUGUUAGCCACUGGCAACGUUUUCUAAGAAUCCAUUAG